ACGUCUUUAAUGCUUUUGGGUUGGGCAUAGUACGUACAAGUGGUGAUAACUACCAGCAACCUUCACACAAACUAUCAACUAGACGCUCGAUCUUGAAGCUGCUGCUCUAUUGCCCACCUACUGGGCAGCAGUUUCCUCUUGUUUUCCCUUUCCAUUCGUUAUCCAAGCCUUGGAAGUCGUGUUAUUGUCCUCACCAUUGGUGUCCAACGAUCAUGUCGAAUCUUUUCUCAGGAAUCAAUGCCCGGCUGAGAGGGACUUCGAACCGUCCUUCGGGUGGAUCCAGGAGCCCUACUUCUCCCGCUGAAGAUGGCCUCCAAAUAUCCACUACGAGCCUAUCCCAGGGAAACCAAUCGUCAACAAGCCUUGCCUCAAAACUGCCCCCCCUCCCCGCCUCCCCGUCUCUUUCACAGUCCAUUGGGAUGGUUGGAAGUGGGGAAGAUGCCAUUAACCUGUACCACCUGCCAAGUCCCUUGCCUCUGUGGCUCAACCCUGCCUAUGCGAGGCACAUUGUGAAAGGCAACUUCAUGACACUCAGUGCGAGGCCAAAGACCGUUGAGCAAGGUGAAUGGGUGGCUCACCAAGUGGUGGAGCAUUAUCGAAACCUUUGGAACUUUGUCCGAGUCAUCUACGAGAAGGAAGAGGGCGGUACCACCAUUUGUAACUCGACCACCUGUCCUCGGAUGUCUGCUGGAGGAAACCACUCAUACACCUGGCUCAAUAGCCGUUUCGAGCCCAUAGAGCUUCCGGCGUUCGAGUACAUCACAUUGAUGCAGCGUUGGAUUUCGGGAAAGAUCGACGAUGACAAUAUCUUCCCUACAGAUGCCGCUGGCGUGUCGUACGCACAUAACCCUCAGAUCACGACCACGGCCCUCCUUACCGGUCCUGACGAGUGGGUUGGCAAGCGGAGCGGCUUUCCUAAGGACUUCUUCAGCAUCUGCCAGACCAUAUUCCUCCAGAUGUUCCGAGUCUAUGCGCAUUUGUACUGGGCUCACUUCGUCGACCCCUUUUAUCACCUCAACCUGGAGAAGCAGCUCAACAGCUGUUUCAGCCAUUUCGUCUUGACGGCAACUGCACUCGACUUGCUCAAGCCUCACGAGCUUGAGCCCAUGCAGCCGCUAAUCGACAUGUGGGCUGCUAACGGAACCUUCCCGCCUGAGUCUAAGGCGUAUGAGUAUGCCAACCUCAAGGCAGGCCAGCGGCUUCUGCAGCUCGGAGGUAUGGCAUAAGAAAGGAGGUCUGGGUCGUUUGGAUAUCGACACUCAACCUGCCAUACACACCCUUGGCCUGGUAUGCGCCAAAUUCACAGGAGCGAAUCGUUGAUGGUACGGGUAAGCAUUUGGAUGAAUAGAGAUAUGAUAAAGAGCAACGGACAGGUUUUGUUGCGGUGAGGAUAGAGAUCAUUUUGAUUUAAAUGCAUUGCCUGCGUCUCCCCCCUGCCUGCCCUUCUUAUCAAAUACCUACCUAGGUAGCAACCACAUUCUCUAUUCGAGUACCUUGAUGAUGGUGGGGCAUCUGUGAAAGUUGGGCACAGAUGGUUGAGGAAGCCAGCAGGAUCUGUGGCCGCUAAAUCGAGGCGCAUGGGCUGGUACUGUACCUACCCGGUAAAUGCAUUUAGCCCACAAAAUCUGGCUGACCGCCUUUGUCAAAAUUCAAUUAUGCC